AUGACAAGACCCAUUCGCCUCGGAUGCAUCGGCCUAUCCACCAAAGGAUGGGCAUCCACGCAUCUCGUACCUCCCCUCCUCACCUCACCCCUCUCAUCGCAAUACACACUCCUCGCCGUAUGCACCACGAACCCCACAUCUGCCGAAGCAAGCGCAGCGACCUACUCUACCACUGACACCAGCCCCGUGAAAGCAUAUCACACUUCCGAAUCCAUCGCGUCAGAUCCCGAUCUCGACAUGAUCGCCGUAUCAAUAAAGACACCCCACCACGUGGAGGCCGCCACAAAGGUCAUCUCCGCCGGGAAGGACCUCUUCAUCGAGUGGCCCGCUGGGCGGGGGCUAAAAGAGACAAAGCUCCUCGCCUCGCUGGCGAAGGCCCAGGGGAUCCGGACGAUCGUGGGGCUCCAAGCUCGGCAGAGCGUGCUAUUCCGCAAGGUGAAGCGAUUAAUCGAGGCAGGCGAAAUUGGCGGUGUCUUGUCCACGAGCAUGACGUCACGAAUAUACGGUCCGCAUGGGCCAUGGGGCCCAACAGUGCAUAAAGGCGGCGAGUACCUGUUGAAAAGGGAUAAUGGCGCAACACUCCUCGAUAUCCCCGGAGGCCAUUUCUUCGAGGCCUUCACGUAUAUUCUUGGGCCGGUGGAUACCGUCUCCGCGACCGCAGUCAUCCAGCACGCCUCGUCCCAAGUAGUCAAUCCCGACGGCACGCCCACCGGUGAUGUCAUCCCCGCCGAUGCUCCAUCGCAGGUAGCCGUGUGCGGCACGCUAAAGAGUGGUGCAGUGAUGAGCCUGCAUUGGCGUGCAGGUCUGGAUACGCCUGCCAGUGUUCGAGCGGCCACCCCACUCGUAUGGGUUAUCGACGGGACGAAGGGGAGUAUCAGGAUCGAGAGCGACGAUCCCGCGGCGGCUCUGGUAGAGAUGCAUGAGCCAACGCAGCUGUGGGUCAAUGAUGAGGAAGUGAAGGUCGAGGAUGAUGGCAAGACAAAUGAGGGCAGGGCUUGGGAGGAAUACUUGAAGGGCGAAGGCACUGGAGACUAUCCCGACCUGGAGCAUGCCGUUCAGAUUAAGAGCAUCAUUGACGCUAUUUGGAGGAGCGCUGAUGGAGGCAUAAGGGUCAGCCUGUAA